CUCUUAGCCCCGGCCCCUCAGCCCCCGCGCCGGCGCCCUGCGCCCCCGGCCCGUCCCCGCCCGCCGCCCGCCCGUGCCCGCCGGAGCCGCAGCCGGAGCCGCACCGCAGCGGCGGGGCAGGGCAGGGCAGGGCCCGGGGCGGCAGCGGCGGCGGCAGGGCCUGGCGCGGUGCCGGGCAGCGCGGCUGCAUGAGGUUGAUGCUGCUGUGCUGCACCUGGAGGGACGAGCCCAUGGGAGAGGAGGAAGGGACCGACCUGCCCGUGUGUGCGAGCUGCGGCCAGGGCAUCUUCGAUGGGCAGUACCUGCAGGCGCUGAACGCCGACUGGCACGCCGACUGCUUCAGGUGCGGUGAGUGCGGGGCCUCGCUGUCCCACCAGUACUACGAGAAGGAUGGGCGGCUGUACUGCAAGAAGGACUACUGGGCGCGUUUUGGGGAGCUGUGCCACGGCUGCGCCGAGCAGAUCACCAAAGGGCUGGUCAUGGUGGCCGGGGAGCAGAAGUACCACCCCGAGUGCUUCAGCUGCCUCAAUUGCCGCGCGUUCAUCGGGGAUGGGGACACCUAUGCGCUGGUGGAGCGCUCCAAGCUGUACUGUGGGCACUGCUAUUACCAGAUGGUGGUGACGCCGGUCAUCGAGCAGAUCCUGCCUGACUCUCCGGGCUCCCGCAUCCCUCACACCGUCACCCUCGUCUCCAUCCCUGCCUGCUCCGAUGGCAAGCGUGGCUUCUCCGUUUCCAUCGACCCGCACUGCGGUGCCCAGGGCUGCGGCGCUGAGCAUUCACGCACUGUCCGCGUCCGAGAGGUGGACCCAGAUUGCAUCAGCCCCGACGUGAAGAACUCCAUCCACGUGGGUGACCGCAUCCUGGAGAUCAAUGGCACGCCCAUUGGCCACGUCCCACUGGAUGAGAUCGACCUGCUGAUCCAGGAGACCAGCCGCCUGCUGCAGCUGACCAUUGAGCACGACCCCCACGAGCCCCUGCCCCGUGACUUAGCGCUGCCCUGCAGCCCCCUGCCUGACCCUCACAGCCCCCUGCGCUCUCCAGUCCCCGCACCCCAUGGAGACCUUGGCACCAUGCGCCAGCGUGCUGUCAUGAGGAGCUGCAGCACAGACAAGUCUCCAGGCUCCAGCUCGGUGGGCUCACCUGCCUCCCAGCGCAAGGACAUUGGCCGCUCCGAGUCGCUGCGCGUUGUCUCUCGCGCUCACCGCAUCUUCCGCCCCUCUGACCUGAUCCAUGGCGAGGUGCUGGGCAAGGGCUGCUUCGGCCAGGCCAUCAAGGUGACGCACAGGGAAACGGGCGAGGUGAUGGUUAUGAAGGAGCUGAUCCGCUUUGAUGAGGAGACGCAGAGGACCUUCCUCAAAGAGGUGAAGGUGAUGCGCUGCCUGGAGCACCCCAACGUGCUGAAGUUCAUCGGAGUGCUUUACAAGGAGAAGCGGCUCAACUUCAUCACUGAGUACAUAAAGGGGGGCACCUUGCGGGGCCUCAUCAAGAGCAUGGACAGCCACUACCCCUGGAGCCAGCGGGUCAGCUUCGCCAAAGACAUUGCUGCUGGCAUGGCCUACCUGCACUCCAUGAACAUCAUCCACCGCGACCUCAACUCCCACAACUGCCUGGUGCGGGAGAACAAGAGCGUGGUGGUGGCCGACUUCGGGCUGGCACGGCUGAUGGUGGAUGAGAAGAACCAACCCGAGCACCUCCAGAACCUGAAGAAGCCGGACCGCAAGAAGCGCUACACGGUGGUGGGCAACCCCUACUGGAUGGCCCCCGAGAUGAUCAACGGGAGGAGCUACGAUGAGAAGGUGGACAUCUUCUCCUUCGGCAUCGUGCUGUGCGAGAUCAUCGGCCGGGUCAGUGCUGACCCCGACUACCUGCCCCGCACCACCGACUUCGGCCUCAACGUCCGCGGCUUCCUGGAGCGCUACUGUCCCCCUGCCUGCCCCCCCAGCUUCUUCCCCAUCGCCGCCUGCUGCUGUGACCUGGACCCUGAGAAGCGGCCGUCCUUCAGCAAGCUGGAGCAGUGGCUGGAAACGCUGCGCAUGCACCUGGACAUCCGCCUCCCGCUCAGCUCGCAGCUGGAGCAGCUCACCUGCGCCUUCUGGGAGACGCACCGACGGGGCGAGGGGGGGCUGCCCCCCCACCCUGAGCUCCCCGACACAGCCCCCCACCUGCACCCCCUCUAAACCCGCAGCAUCUCCUCCGGCCCGGGGCUGGCCCCCGCGCUCCCCAGCAUCCCCUGUCCCCGGGAGCUGGCUCUCCCUGGACCGCACAGCCUGCACGGCCCUCCCUGUACAUAGGGCCCCCCAGGAGCGAGGGGUGGGGGGGACACUUCCCCUCUGCGUUCACUCGGUGACCACACGGCCCCCCCUCUGCACACCCGGGGGUCCCCCUGUCCCAGCCCGGAGGUGCCUUGGGUUUCCGUGAACUUGCACUGCAGCACAGUAGGGGCGUCCCUGUCCCCCCCGAGCAGUGGGGGGACGCUGUCCCCGUACUCCUCUUCGGAUGUCCUCGUGUGCUCACAAGCGAGGACAACCGGGGUGGCACCUCGGGGAUGGGCACAUUGCGCUCCACACGUCCCCACUGCGCCGUGACCACCGUGUCCCUUGGGGGGCCAUGCAUCCCCCCAGGGCUGAGCCAGGUCCUGGCGGGCGUGGGGACGUCCCGGUCCCCCCCGGGAUGGCCGCGCCGUGUGGUGCUUCUCAUGCUCUUUAUUCAGGUUCAUUUUCUGUAAGAUAUUUAAAGAGAAGAGUUUGUAUUAUUUUUUCAUACGACGUAGUUUGCCAUUUGUCACUGCCUCAGUUCUGCUUUACCGAAGGAUGAAACUGUGAAGCCUCUCCGCACACUUUGCCCGGGAAGUCCAACGCGACGUCCUCUGCGGAGGCGGGAAGGGAACUCAAACUGUGAUGUACCCCGGCCCUCGGUCAAUAAAUCCUUCCCCGCUCGCU